ACACUAACUGUCACCCUGUCGACUGUCCCUACUAAAACCCAGUGCUCAGCACACCAAAAACUAACGCCCAACUAUCUACACACGAACCAAAACGAACCCAAGAACCUAAAAACCCAAAAUGAGCGAAUCCCUCAUCCCAAUAAUCUGUCUUCACGACAUCCCACCUCAAAUCCUCACCUCAAUUCUCACAAAAGCCUACGCGCAAGCUAUCGAUAUAAACUCACCCCCAACGCUCCUACUCAUAGAAAACACCGGAGACGCGCCAUGUAGAUACACCCAUGACGAUGUGACGUAUCCUCCUGUUGAUCCUUCAUUUAAAUCACCCUUUCUGGGGUGGGAGGUGGAUGAGGCAGUUCGGUUUUUGCGUGAGUAUGCGACGGGGACUGUUGUGGAUGAGUUUGUGUUUCUUGUUGGGGAUUGGAGGACCCUGGAGGAUGAAUCGCUUUUGUUAGUGAAUCGUCUUGGGGAUGGGGAGUUGGUGGAGCUUGUUAGAGUUGCUGCGGAGUUUGUUAAUACUAAAGCUGUGGCUGUGGCUGUUGCUACGACUGAUGUGGGGGAGUUACGGGGCUUGGUUGAUGGGGAUGGAGUGUUUAGAGGUGGGUGUGGUAAUAGGAAGAACUCAUUGCUGAGAAAGGGGAGUGAGGCGCCGAGGAAACAGCUGUAGAAGCUCUUGUGGUAGGGAAAUGAAUGGUCUGGAUCGAGACUGCUGUCGAUGAUGUGAGGCUCAGCCAGGCUAGAGACCGGUUGAGUUCUCCAUAACUAUGUGGGGGAUGGCUUUCGGUACGUUUGAUUAAAGUAUGGCACGCUAACAGGUGUUUCCUAGAUGGGGCAUAUGGCUG